GUGGCGGGCACUUGGGCGGUCCUGCCUCGGGGGACGCCUUCAGGCGUGCUUUGCAAAACUCCUAUGGGGGUCAGCUCGCUCUGCCUCAGUUCCACGAGGGUUCCUUCUCGCAAGCGAUCUCCUCGGCGCGGCAGCAGCUGAAACUGCUGGUCGUCUAUCUGCACAGUGAACAUGCCAGGUACUCGCAAAGCUUUUGCAGCGACGUUCUGGGCCACGACCUCAUUCGCGAACAGCUCGACGAGAACUUCGUCGUGUGGGGCGGGGAUGUCGCAAGGAUGGAGGCCCAUCAGGUGGCGCAGAUGAUUCGCGUCAGACA